AAUGUCAGAUACAAAAACCUAAACAAGAAGAAGCGCGCCGCCCGUCAAAACUCCAACGUCUUUGCGAUAUUCGACCAAAAGCAAAUAUCCGAAUUCAAAGAGGCCUUUGGGAUCUUUGAUCACAACUCAGACAACAUCGUAGACCGCGACGAUCUCCGCGAAAUGCUCAGUUCCCUAGGCCAAAACGUAUCCGACAGCUACAUAGAUGCCAUGAGUGAGAUAUUGUCGGCUUUUGAGGCCUUUGAUUUGGAUGGGAAUGGGUUGAUUUCGUCGGCGGAUUUGAGAGACGCUUUGAUGCAGAUGGGGGAUAGGUUUACGAAGAAGGACGUGGAUAUUAUGUUUAAACAUGCGCCGAUUACACCAGAUGGAUAUUUGAAGUACCGUGAGUUUGUGCAGAUGCUCAAGCACGGAGAAUAAGACUGUUAAUUUUAAUAUAGCAUUUAUAACAAAUAAAUAAAUGAUAUAUAAAUGUAUGCAUGAAA